AUGGACCAAAUGCUAAGUCCCGGCUUUUCAAUACCCAGUAUUGGAACGCCACUGCAUCAAUUGGAUCCCGAUCAACAAAUUGUGGCCGCCAAUCCUGUCUAUCAUCCACCAGCUGCCCUGACGCAACAACAACAACAUGAUAUGAAUCCAAAUAAUCACCACUAUGACUUGAAUGCAAUUAUGGGCGCAUCACCCGCACCAGCGGUAUCCAGUAGCAGCAGUGGCAUGGGUGUAACAAAUAGUAAUACCACCACCACCACCACCAUGGGACAACAUCCCACACUGCCAGUGCCCCAAAAACAGAUGCAAUCAUAUCAACCAUCAUACCAAAGUUCCAUGUCAUCGACGAAUGGCCAUCAGAUGGGAUCGGGGACGACAUCGACGACGGCACCUCAAUCCCUAAUGCAACCACAGACACCGCAAAGCCUUAUGUCCCCCAUGGUACCGAUGAGUGAUCGGGCGGCCGAUAAUCUAAGUAAUAUUCACCAGACAAUGGGUCCAGCCACACCCAUGACACCAAUGACGCCGGGUUCAGCGGAUCCGGGCAUUGUACCACAAUUACAAAAUAUUGUAUCCACAGUUAAUUUAUAUUGUAAAUUGGAUUUAAAGAAAAUCGCAUUACAUGCCCGUAAUGCUGAAUAUAAUCCAAAACGUUUUGCGGCUGUUAUUAUGCGUAUAAGGGAACCUCGUACUACAGCAUUGAUAUUUUCCUCGGGCAAAAUGGUGUGUACCGGAGCCAAAAGUGAAGAUGAUUCGAGACUGGCGGCUCGUAAAUAUGCUCGUAUUAUACAGAAAUUGGGAUUUCCGGCAAAAUUCCUUGAUUUCAAAAUCCAAAAUAUGGUUGGUUCCUGUGAUGUGAAAUUCCCUAUACGUCUGGAAGGCCUGGUGCUUACCCAUUGUAAUUUCAGUUCGUAUGAACCCGAACUCUUCCCUGGCCUCAUUUAUCGUAUGGUGCGUCCACGUAUUGUAUUAUUGAUAUUCGUUUCGGGUAAAGUGGUAUUAACCGGUGCCAAGGUGCGCAGUGAAAUCUAUGAAGCAUUUGAAAAGAUAUUCCCUAUUUUAAAGAAAUUUAAAAAACAAUCUUAA